UUCUUUUUUUGAGGAAGGGGGAAGUAAUUCACAAAAAAAACUCGUAGUAUAUAAAACGGAGGAUAGAAAUUUUUAAAUCAAAUACUCGUGUGAAACGGUGACCGGCGGGCGACGACUGAUCCGAUCGGCGAAUAGAACCUAGAGUGGACGAGAACUGGGGAAGAGGAGAUCGAUUUCUGGACUCAAGAAAGGGAGAGGGGAUAUAGAGCAGAGGGGAAAUGGCAGAAGGAGCCGACGAGGACUUGCCAAAGGAUGCAAAGGUGGUGAAGACCCUGCUGAAAUCAAUGGGUGUUGAUGAAUACGAACCACGUGUGGUGCACCAGUUCUUGGAGCUUAUGUAUAGACACGCCGUUGACGUGUUGACAGAUGCACAGGUGUACUCAGAGCACGCCGGCAAGGCUGUGAUUGAUUCUGAUGAUCUCAAGCUUGCGAUUCAAUCUAAAGUUAGUUUUAGCUUCUCACCACCCCCUCCUCGAGAGGUCCUGUUAGAGUUGGCUCGAAGCAGAAACAAGAUUCCUUUGCCAAAAUCAAUUUCAGGACACGGAAUCCCUCUCCCUCCAGAGCAGGAUACCCUCAUCAGCCCCAAUUAUCAACUCGCUUUCCCUGUGAACCAAACCGCUCAUCCGGUGGAAGAAACCGAGGACAACGAGGACGGUUCCGACCCUAAUCCCGCAUCCAACCAAAACCCAAACCUUUCCCAAACCCGAACAGACACGACACCCGAGACUUCUCAGCGAGUGUCUUUUGCCCUUGGGGCUAAACGUCCAAGAUGACACACUAAAUUGGUUAUUUUUCCUCAUUCAUGACCAGGGCAGACAGUGGUUACUGUUUAGCGAUGGUUAACUGAAGGGUCCCGCCACAAGGGUGUCAGCGGCUGGCGGCUCGGUUGGGUGCAACAAGUUUAUUGUCAAAACCUGGUAUUUCCUGCACUUUCUCAAUGACCAUACACGUAACUCAGACGUUUUAAUAUGGUCUCAUGUAAUGCUAUAUCUAUUCAGCUUUGUAGUAGAUUGGGAUUAGUCAUGGUGGCAAUGGAAGAUGCUCUUGGCUUUAUGCAAUUCUAAAU